AUGCCGGGGCAGCAGCGCGGGAUGCUGGGAACGGGGCGGAGCGCGCCCGCGCCGGCGCAUCGAGGGGGAGAGGCAGUCGCCGCGAUGGACGUGUUCCUCAUGAUCCGGCGCCAUAAGACCACCAUCUUCACCGACGCCAAGGAAUCGAGCACCGUGUUUGAGCUGAAGCGCAUCGUCGAGGGCAUCCUCAAGCGGCCGCCCGAUGAGCAGCGGCUGUACAAGGACGACCAGCUCCUAGAGGACACCAAGACGCUGGGCGAGUGUGGCUUCACCAGUCAGACUGCACGGCCCCAGGCCCCUGCCACGGUGGGGCUGGCCUUCCGGGCAGAUGACUCGUUUGAGGCGCUCCGGAUCGAACCCUUCUCCAGCCCACCCGAGCUACCUGAUGUCAUGAAGCCUCAGGACUCUGGGAGCAGUGCCAACGAGCAAGCCGUGCAGUGA